AUGUUGUCCAGAACACUACUCAGAGCACCAGUCUUCAAGAGAACUUUGUUGACAUCAGCUACUAGGGCUACUCCACUCUCAUUGAGAGUUGCUACGUGGAGUCCGCAAAUAACCUCCAUUAGAAAGUACUCCGACCACCACGAUGAGGAGACAUUUGAAGAGUUCACUGCUAGAUAUGAGAAGGAAUUUGAUGAAGCAUACGAUUUGUUUGAAGUCCAAAGAGUGUUGAACAACUGUUUCUCUUAUGACUUGGUCCCAGCCCCAGCUGUCAUCGAGAAGGCUUUGAGAGCUGCUAGAAGAGUCAAUGACUUGCCAACUGCAGUUAGAGUAUUUGAAGCUUUAAAGUACAAGGUUGAAAAUGAGGACCAAUACAAGGCUUAUUUGGAUGAACUAAAAGAAGUUAGAGAAGAAUUGGGUGUUCCUCUAAAGGAAGAUCUAUUCCCAUCUUCAUCCCAAUAA